AUAGACUUCACCGGAGAGCAGUGAGCAGGGGGGGUAUUUUAUAGGCCUUUCUUUAUUAUGAACAUACAUGUUCAACAUCUGGAAACAACAGUCUGGAGCAGGGCAGUUUAUAUCCCCCUCUUAGAUAAAAUGCAGUCUGAUGCCUUUGCAUUUUGAUGUGUUGCUGAUGGAAAGGUGCUGAACCUAUUACAGAAGGGGCUACCCAUGACUUCAUUGUCUGAGAGUGAGCUGCUGUCAUAUAUAAAAAACAUUCUGCAGAGAGACAGCUAUGUGCUAAUCUGUCACCAUACCCACCACCCAGCUGCUGCUCCCUGCCGUAGCCGAGAGAGCCUGGAGAGUCCCCUCACCCCCUUACCCUGCACAUACAUGCAUAGACAAAAGGCCUGAUUCGCCUGUCGAACACUGCCCCCUUUUUCCAUGCAGCGCUCGGCUUCGUCUGGAGGGAGCAGCCUGGACUGGCUGACCUACUGCAGCCACAGAGCAGAGGCACAAGAACACUGUUUAUAGGGGGCUGCCUGGCAGGAUGGGGGCUGCUAGUCUGGAUUGACUCUGUGUUUAUGAAGCAGGCCUCAACAGGAAGAUUUCUCCUCUCUUAGUGGAAAAUCAGAGUCAGGGGAUCACGAGGGUUCUUGCAUCAUCACAUCAAAAACAUGGGCGAUAUGAAGACCCCAGACUUUGACGACCUCCUGGCAGCCUUUGACAUCCCAGACAUGGUAGACCCGAAGACAGCCAUAGAGUCAGGCCACGAGGACCCCCACGAUGGCCAGCUGAAACACCCCAGCGUCCCCCACGAGGACCCUCAUGAUGGCCAGCUCAAACACCCAAGCGUCCCCCACGAGGACGAGGCACACACCCCCUCUGGAGCUCCAGACGUGGGCGUCAGCGUCAUCGUCAAGAAUGUCCACAAAAUGGACGCCGGCGGUGAAGAACACACACGACCAGAGGAGGUGGUUCAGGCUGACCCCACCACCAUGGUGAACCACAAUGGGCUUCAUAACGGGUACCUGUCAAUGUCACCUAACGACCGGUACAGUAAGAACAACGGAGCCGAAAAGGUUCUGAGAGAUGUGGAGGCUCAUCAUGGAUUGGCUAUCACCUCCAACUUCAUCUCCCACUCUACUUUUAACCAGUUCAGUCCCAUUUCCAGCGCUGAGGAGUUUGACGAUGACGAUAAGAUUGAAGUUGAUGACUCUCUGGACAGGGUCAAGCAGAGCACCCUGCCAUUUUUUAGGACAAACCCUCUGACAGAACCACCUGCCAAGAGAGAGGAGGAGCUGACCACAAAAGCCGUACUGGCAGACUCCCAUAGCACGGCCAAACCUGCGAACAAGUCUAAUGGAGACUGCGACAAAUCAAAACUUGAUAAAAACAACAACAAGACUUUGGUCACCGUUAGUCUGAACCUUUACGAGUCCUCUAAAUCAAGGAAACUUGAAGAAGAGAAAGCCAAAGAGACAACGGCCCCUCGCACCCAGGAGGGGUCGGGGAGGGAGGCUGGGGAGCCCUGUGUCCAGGCUGUGUCCACCAGUCUCUCGCAGGCCAAACAAGCCAAUUCAUCAGCCAAACUUUCCUCCUGCAUUGCUGCUAUUGCAGCUCUCAGUGCUAAGAAAGCCACAGUAUCAGACACCACUAACUCUGUAGUUUCUGAGUCCCCCACUACCACCCAGAGAGACUCAUUUACCACCAUCCCUGACAUCCACACCCAGAGGGAAGCACCCAAGGAGGCCAAGGAGAGGGAGAGCCCCAGGGACCUGGUCCCGGAGAAGCCCCCAGACCAGGAGUCCCCCUCAGCUCUGGAGUUGGCCAGGAGGCUGCAGUCCAAACAGCCAGAGGGCCCCGGCAGCCCAACCACCAGCGAGGACAGCAGUAGAGGCUCUGGUUCCCCCUCCUCCUCCCCGUCCACACCCGUCAUCCCAAAGGUCCGGAUCAAAACCAUUAAGACCUCCUCUGGCCAGAUCAAACGCACCGUCACCAGAGUGCUGCCGUUGGCCCAGGUAGAGUCAGACCCUGAACGCCUGAAGAGAGGGUCUUCAAUCAUGGUCUCCUCCUUCCUGUCCUCCCCGAACUCGACGCGGACUUCCUCCCUGCCCACCACCACCCCAGGUGUUGCCAUGGAGAUCAACAAGCAGAUGACCAUCAAACCUGUGGCCACUGCUUUCCUCCCUGUGUCGGCAGUCAAGACAGCGGGUUCCCAGGUCAUUAACCUAAAGCUGGCCAACAACACCAUGGUCAAAGCCACAGUGACCGCUGCGUCGGUACAGAGUGCCAGCAGCGCCAUCCUCAAAGCUGCCAACGCCAUCCAUCAACAACAACAGCAGACUGUCAUGGUGCCCGCAUCCAGCCUGGCAAACGCCAAACUCACCGUGCCAAAGACUGUCCACCUCACCAACCUCAACCUACUCCCCCUGACCAAGGCCACCUCUGUGUCUGAGCUCCACCAGGUGCUGUCCAGCUCCAAGCCCCAGGGGCAGCAGCCGGUGAAGCAAGCCCUGCUGGCUGCCCAGGCCCAGAAGAAGGGUGUCUCUAGAGUCCAGGUGUUAGCCAGCUCCCAGAGUUCUGUAGUGGAGGCCUUCAAUAAGGUCCUGAGCAGCAUCAACCCCGUCCCAGUCUACGUCCCCAACCUCAGCCCCCCCUCGGCCGCCUGUAUCUCCCUACCCUCCCGGGGCUAUAGGUGCCUGGAGUGCGGUGACUCGUUUGCCCUGGAGAGAAGCCUGAGCCAGCAUUACGACCGUCGCAGUGUCCGCAUCGAGGUCACCUGCAACCACUGUGUCAAGAACCUGGUCUUCUACAACAAGUGCAGUCUGCUCUCCCACGCCCGGGGACACAAAGACAAAGGGGUGGUUAUGCAGUGUUCCCACCUCAUCCUCAAGCCCAUCCCUACAGACCAGAUGAUCACUACAUCACCUCCGCUAUCCUCCACCACCACCGCUGGAUCUACCUACAGCUCCACCGGCCACUACCCAGGAAGGGUGCUGGUACUCAGGCCCAGGCAGCGGUGAUCUGUGCCCCCCAACGCCCCUCCGGUUGCUGCCAUGCCCCUGG